CGGCCGCCACCGCCUCCGUCGUGUCCGCCCCGUCGCGCCCCGCCAUGGCCGCCCGCUACCUCCGCGCCGCCCCCGCACUCGGCCUCCUGCCCCGCAGCGCCCUCCCCGCCACCGCCGUGGGGCAGCGGCGACACUAUGCCAACAAGCGGAUCAAGGUGGCCAACCCGGUGGUGGAGAUGGAUGGAGACGAGAUGACACGGAUCAUCUGGGCCUUCAUCAAGGACAAACUCAUCCUGCCCAACGUGGACGUCCAGCUGAAGUAUUUUGACCUGGGGCUGCCUCACCGGGACAAGACAGAUGAUCAGGUCACCAUCGACUCGGCACUGGCCACCCAGAAGUACAGCGUGGCUGUCAAGUGUGCCACCAUCACACCAGAUGAAGCCAGGGUGGAAGAGUUCAAGCUGAAGAAGAUGUGGAAGAGCCCGAACGGCACCAUCCGGAACAUCCUUGGGGGCACGGUGUUCCGGGAGCCCAUCAUCUGCAAGAACAUCCCGCGCCUGGUGCCCGGCUGGACCAAGCCCAUCACCAUCGGCAGACAUGCCCACGGUGACCAGUACAAAGCCACUGACUUCGUGGUGGGCAAGUCAGGGACCUUCAAGUUGGUCUUCACGCCGAAGGACGGCAGCGGAGUGAAGGAGUGGGAGGUGUUCAACUUCCCCGGCGGCGGCGUGGGCAUGGGCAUGUACAACACAGACGAGUCCAUCUCGGGCUUCGCGCACAGCUGCUUCCAGUACGCCAUCCAGAAGAAGUGGCCUCUGUACAUGAGCACCAAGAACACCAUCCUCAAGGCCUACGAUGGGCGCUUCAAGGACAUCUUCCAGGAGAUCUUUGAGAAGCACUACAAGACGGAGUUCGACAAGCUGAAGAUCUGGUACGAGCACCGGCUCAUCGACGACAUGGUGGCCCAGGUGCUCAAGUCCUCCGGCGGCUUCGUCUGGGCCUGCAAGAACUAUGAUGGGGACGUGCAGUCUGACAUCCUGGCCCAAGGCUUUGGCUCCCUGGGGCUGAUGACCUCAGUGCUGGUGUGUCCGGACGGGAAGACCAUUGAGGCAGAGGCGGCCCAUGGCACCGUCACCCGCCACUACCGGGAGCACCAGAAGGGACGACCCACCAGCACCAACCCCAUCGCCAGCAUCUUUGCCUGGACGCGGGGCCUGGAGCACCGGGGCAAGCUGGACUCCAAUCCCGAGCUGAUCAAGUUCGCUCAGACGCUGGAGAAGGUCUGUGUGGAGACAGUGGAGAGUGGGACGAUGACCAAGGACCUCGCUGGCUGCAUCCACGGCCUGGCCAAUGUGAAGCUGAACGAGCACUUUGUGAACACCACCGACUUCCUGGACGCCAUCAAGAACAACCUGGACAAAGCCCUGGGCAAGUAGAGGAGGGUCUGGGGGCUACCCAGCCCCUGUGUCACCCGGAGGGACAGGACCCGGCGCCACCGACAUGGCUCAGGAACAGUCAAUUUUUAUAAGCAGUUUUCUAACGAGUGUUUUUAAAGCUUUUCUAGCAGGGAUGUGUAUGGCUGGGGGGGGCCCAGGGGGGUCUGUCCCAUGCUGACCCAUGUGUGAUACCCUCCCACCGCGCGGUGCCAGCAGCCAUUAAACACCUCACCGUCCUGUG